GCGCUGUAGAAAGUGAGACAGCCAGAGAAAGAAGCAGCAGAGACAAACACACACCAACACACACAUCCAACCUGACUGUAACCUUCUCUCACAGCACACACAGACACACACACCCACACACACACACACACACAGGCAGGUAGGCAGAGGAGCAGACCUGACACUUACCACACAACCUCAUCUGUCCUCAUACACUCUCUCACACACUCAAUCAGCAGCAGCAGCGGCAGCAUGUUUCGGUGGAGGCUCCCCCAGGCAGUGUGUGUGCUGUCGGCGUGUGUGUGUCUGGUUCUCGCGUACGGGGAGGAUGAUAUUGAGGUCAACUACGCCGACACCUACUACAAUGAAAUCACAGACGGAGACACGCCAGAGCCCACACCAAGCCCAGCUCCCUGCAAUUCCCCAGACCUGAGCAAAUGGGACAAAAUCUUCUCGAUGCUGGAGAACAGCCAGAUGAGGGAGAACAUGCUGCUUCAGUACGCAGACGACAUCAUCAAGGUGGAGAUGGGGUCACUGCGUGGGGAAAUUCUCAGGUUUGUAGCCCAGUACGGUGGCUCCUGUGGGGUUGCAGUGGAGACAGCAGGAAGAAGGAUGGCCUUGCAGCUGGAAGGCCGCCUCAGAGAAACCUUGGAGCGCCUCAAACUCAGAGAACAGACUUCUCCUGCUGCUGCUGCUGGGACUCCUGUCGGGAAUUCAAAUCACCUGGAGGCGAUGCUACAGCAGCUCAUCUCCACAGCACGUACACAAGCUUCCCGACUGGCCAAGAUGGAGACCAGCUGCUUCAGCAGCCCAGGAGCUGGGACAGGGACGAAUUCAAAGGCCGGAUUCCAGCUUCCAGAAGAUGGGGGGGCUGGGAUCCGAGAGCAACAGGUCACAUCAAGAGAGAUGGCUUUAGACGGGGUGCUGGCUGCUCUGCAACAGAUGAGGAUGGGACUGGAGGAGGUGCUGGGGUCAUCGAGGCAAAGAUACCUACCCGCAGGCUGUGAGCUGGCGCUCCUCUUCCCCAUGCGUUCCCGUCGAAUCUACACCUCGGUCAUACCGGAUGUCCCUCUCUCCCUCUCCUCCUUCACUGUCUGUAUGUGGGUGAAGCCCACCGUUGUCUCCAACAAGACCGUGCUGCUCUCCUACGGGAACCGCCGCAACCCAUAUGAGAUCCAGCUGCUGCUCGGUCAAACCUCUGUGCUCUUCACCAUCGGGGGAGAGGCUCACCUGGUCGAGGCACGGGGCGUGGUGAACCCAGGAGGCACAUCGGAGUGGAUCCACUUGUGCGGGGCCUGGUCGUCUGAGCAGGGCCUGGCGUCCCUGUGGGCAGGUGGGAAAAAGGUCGCCACCACACCUGGAGUGGCUGAGGGACACAUCUUACCGGACGGAGGCUCACUCCAGCUGGGCCAGGAGAGGAACGGCUGCUGCCCUCUGCCUUCGAGCAGCCAGAGCGGGGUGCCAGGGUUUGAGGGAGGGUUCGAUCCCAAGAUGGCUUUCGCGGGGAAGAUGACUGGGGUGAACAUGUGGGACAGGGUGCUGUCAGAGGAGGAGAUUUCCCAGCUGGCUCGGCGGGAGGGCCGGGGCUGUGAGCGGAGGGGGAACAUGGUGGCGUGGGGAGUGACGGAGAUGGUGCCCCAUGGAGGUGCUCAGUUCAUCAACUAACAAAUUCACACUCCUCGUGCUGGAAAUUGUCAUCAGCAUCAAUGAAUAUCAGCAACAUCCUAAUAAGCUUUCAUGCUAAAACUGAAGAGCAACUUCCAACUGCCUUUAUCACCAUCAUCAUCUUUGUCCAUAAAGUCAAAUGUUUUCAUUAUUAUGUUACCAUCAUGACGCCAUCAUCUCCAUCGCUAGUAUCAUGAACACUAAUGCUGCAAUGAACUUUAUGGGGCACGUUCAAAUGAGAGAAAGUCAACGCUGUGAGAGACUCGUUUAUUUUUGUAACAUAACCUUUUGAACUGCGGCCAUAACACACACACAUACAUGCACACAUUCACUCACACUGAUGUACGUUCAGCUUAGAGAACUUUUUACCGAGGACUUAAUUAGACUGCGAGAAAGACAAAGAGUUUAUUGUUAACGUGAACAGGUUCUGAGCCAGUAAACAGAGCAAUCCCCAGACAACCCAG